AUGGAGACCGAGGAAAUAGAAGAUUUGGAAAAACCCUGGAGGAAAUCAGUGAGUGAUUCAUGGAAGAUUGACAAGGAAUCAGCCAAGGUGAGACCUGAGCUGCUUCCAGAAAAAGAGGAAAUGCCCUGUACUGAGCAGGAGAGCCAGGAUACAGAACCCCGCCGCCACAUUCCCCUGCAGAGAAACUCUAUCUUCAACCGCACCAUGAGACGCAGAAGCCAAGCCAAGGCCAGAGGCACCCCUGAGCGGAACUCCAGCCACCUGGCAGAUUCACAGGAAAAUGGGAAAUCUAUAAAUGAGCCUCUGACCUUGAAUCUUCCCCAGAGCAGAAAGCCUCUCUGGAGAAUACCAAUGCAGAUGGGGCCAGGAGCCCAGAAAACAAGCGAGUCAUCCUCCACCCCGGGAAAUGGAACCACACCCGAGGAGUGCCCAGCCCUGGCGGACAGCCCCACCACCCUCACAGAGGCCCUGCAGAUGAUCCAUCCCAUUCCUGCGGACUCCUGGAGAAACCUCAUCGAACAAAUAGGGCUCCUAUAUCAGGAAUACCGAGAUAAAUCAACCCUCCAAGAAAUCGAGACCAGGAGGCAACAGGACGCAGAGAUACAGGGCGAUGAGGAUGGGUCCCCAACCGGCGAGGACACUCCGGAGGAAGAGGAGGAAGAGGAAGAGCCGGCGAGCCCACCCCAGAGGAGGGCUGUGCCCCAGAUCUGCCUGCUCAGUAACCCCCACUCGAGGUUCAACCUCUGGCAGGACCUUCCAGAGAUCCAGAGCAGCGGGGUGCUGGAGAUCCUGCAGCCCGAGGAGGUCAAACUGCAGGAGGCCAUGUUCGAGCUGGUCACCUCCGAGGCCUCCUACUACAAGAGCCUGAACCUGCUGGUGUCCCACUUCAUGGAGAACGAGCGGAUGAAGAAGAUCCUGCACCCGUCAGAGGCACACAUCCUCUUCUCCAACGUCCAGGACGUCCUGGCUGUGAGCGAGCGGUUUCUCCUGGAGCUGGAGCACAGGAUGGAGGAGAACAUCGUCAUCUCCGACGUGUGUGACAUCGUGUACCACUACGCCGCCAGCCACUUCUCCGUCUACAUCACCUAUGUGAGCAACCAGACCUACCAGGAGAGGACCUACAAGCAGCUACUCCAGGAGAAGGCAGCGUUCCGGGAGCUGAUCGCGCAGCUGGAGCUCGACCCCAAGUGCAGAGGCCUGCCCUUCUCCUCCUUCCUCAUCCUGCCCUUCCAGAGGAUCACACGACUCAAGCUGCUGGUGCAGAACAUUCUGAAGAGGGUGGAAGAGAGCUCGGAGCGUGAAGGGACUGCCCUGGAGGCCCACAGGGAGCUGGAAAUGGUGGUGAAGGCGUGCAACGAGGGCGUCAGGAAAAUGAGCCGCACAGAGCAGAUGAUCAGCAUCCAGAAGAAGAUGGAGUUCAAGAUCAAGUCGGUGCCCAUCAUCUCGCACUCCCGCUGGCUGCUGAAGCAGGGCGAGCUGCAGCAGAUGUCAGGCCCCAAGACCUCCCGCACCCUGCGGACCAAGAAGCUCUUCCGAGAGAUUUACCUCUUCCUCUUCAAUGACCUGCUGGUGAUCUGCCGCCAGAUUCCUGGAGACAAGUACCAGGUAUUCGACUCGGCCUCCCGCGGCCUGCUGCGCGUGGAGGAGCUGGAGGACCAGGGCCAGACGCUGGCCAAUGUGUUCAUCCUGCGACUGCUGGAGAACGCAGAUGACCGCGAGGCCACCUACAUGCUGAAGGCAUCUUCUCAGAGUGAGAUGAAGCGGUGGAUGACCUCGCUGGCCCCCAACAGGAGGACCAAGUUUGUUUCCUUCACAUCCCGGCUUCUGGACUGCCCGCAGGUCCAGUGCGUGCACCCGUAUGUGGCCCAGCAGCCUGAUGAGCUGACACUGGAACUGGCUGACAUCCUGAACAUCCUGGAGAAGACGGAAGAUGGGUGGAUCUUUGGGGAGCGCCUGCAUGACCAGGAGAGAGGCUGGUUCCCCAGUUCCAUGACUGAGGAGAUUCUGAACCCCAAGAUCCGCUCCCAGAACCUCAAGGAAUGUAUCCGUGUCCACAAGAUGGAUGACCCCCAGCGCAGCCAGAACAAGGACCGCAGGAAGCUGGGCAGCCGGAAUCGGCAAUGA